AACACUAACGGACCUCCUGAUCUCAUGUUGGACACCAAGUCAGUGUGUGUUUCUGUUGAUGAUGUAAUGACCAACCAUACUGGCAGCCAACAGAUCCCACUGUUACAUGCACACUUGAAAAAAGUGGAGAACAAUCUAACAGAGGCACAGCGCUUCUCAUACCUGCCCCGCAGACCAGCAGUCAAUAUUGAAUUCAGAGACCUCUCAUACUCAGUUCCUGAGGGGCCAUGGUGGAGAAAGAAAGGUUACAAGACCCUGCUGAAAGGCAUCUCUGGCAACUUUACCAGUGGAGAUCUAGUGGCCAUCAUGGGGCCCUCAGGAGCAGGGAAAUCAACGCUUAUGAACAUCCUGGCAGGAUAUAGAGAAACAGGAAUGAAAGGAGAUAUCUCGAUAAACGGACAAUCCAGAGAUCUGCGGUCCUUUAGGAAAGUGUCUUGUUAUAUUAUGCAAGACGACAUGCUUCUGCCACACCUGACGGUCCAGGAGGCCAUGAUGGUGUCAGCUAAUCUGAAGCUCCAGGAAAAGGAGGAGGGAAGGAGAGAAAUGGUGAGCGAGAUCUUGACUGCACUUGGCUUGUUGGAGUGUGCUAAAACACGCACAUCUAACCUUUCUGGUGGCCAGAGGAAACGCUUGGCAAUCGCCUUGGAACUUGUCAACAACCCACCUGUCAUGUUUUUUGAUGAGCCCACAAGUGGACUGGAUAGCGCCUCCUGUUUCCAGGUGGUCUCACUGAUGAAAGCUCUGGCUCAAGGAGGCCGAACAGUUAUCUGCACCAUUCACCAGCCCAGUGCCAAAGUCUUUGAGCUCUUUGACAAACUUUAUGUUCUGAGCCAAGGCCAGUGCAUCUACCAGGGGAAAGUAUCAAACCUAAUUCCCUAUCUAAGGGAACAUGGACUCAACUGCCCUACAUAUCACAACCCUGCUGAUUUCAUAAUGGAAGUGGCCUCUGGAGACUAUGGUGACCACAUGACUCGGUUGGUAAAAGCUGUUAAUGAGGGGAAGUGUGAGAAAGAUUACAAAAGUGAGAUGAAUGGUGAUGGGACUCUUAAAUCCAACUUUUGGCAUAAACCUUCUGAGGACUCCUCUUCUACAGAAGGCUGUCACAGUUUCUCCGCCAGUUGUCAUACACAGUUCUGUAUCCUCUUUAAAAGAACUUUCCUCAGCAUCAUGAGGGAUUCGGUGUUGACCCACCUGCGCAUCACCUCUCAUAUUGGAAUUGGGUUCCUGAUAGGGCUUCUGUACCUCGGCAUCGGAAAUGAGGCCAAGAAAGUCCUCAGCAACUCUGGUUUCCUUUUUUUCUCUAUGCUCUUCCUCAUGUUUGCUGCUCUGAUGCCUACUGUGCUUACCUUUCCUCUUGAGAUGGGUGUCUUUUUGAGAGAACACUUAAAUUACUGGUACAGUCUGAAGGCAUACUACCUAGCAAAGACUAUGGCUGAUGUCCCAUUCCAGAUUGUAUUCCCAGUGACAUAUUGCAGCAUUGUUUAUUGGAUGACCUCUCAACCAUCAGACGCUGUUAGGUUCAUCCUCUUCUUGGCUUUGGGUACGCUGACGUCAUUGGUGGCACAGUCUUUGGGUCUUUUGAUUGGGGUGGCAUCUACAUCAUUGCAGGUGGCCACUUUUGUAGGGCCAGUGACUGCCAUACCUGUGCUGCUAUUUUCAGGCUUUUUUGUCAGUUUUGACACCAUCCCAAAAUACCUCCAGUGGAUAUCUUACAUUUCCUAUGUCAGGUAUGGUUUUGAAGGAGUUAUCUUGUCCAUCUAUGGGCUGGACCGUGAGGACCUACACUGUGACAAAGAUGAGACAUGCCACUUCCAAAAAUCCAAGGCCAUUUUGAAGGAGCUAGAUGUCGAAAACGCUGAGUUGUAUCUUGACUUCAUUGUGCUGGGCAUCUUCUUUGUCUCCCUGCGUCUUAUUGCCUACUUUGUCCUCCGCUACAAAAUCAGUGCAGAGAGGUAGACAGCAAGACAAUGACAACUUUGACAAGACUCUUAAAUUUUAGGAAGGGUGAGCAGAGAGAACAAAAGUGGGUUAUUUUUCUUCAAACUUGGCUUCAAAAAGGACUGCUAUCUUUGUGGACGCCCCUAUCGGACAGCAACACACUGAACAGUUUUUUCUACUCACCACUGGUGCACUAUUUUGAACUAAAAAAAAUACAAGGAUACCCGUAUGGAUUGACAAUAUAAGUAUAUGUACAAGAGACAAUCUACAGUUGGUUUGAACAGUUAUCAGGGAGUUGGACUCAUGUCCUGUCUUGUGUUAUGCUGUGUACAUUAUAUGUAUAACAUUCUGUCUGCCUGGGAAGGAUGGAUCCAAUCCUUAAUAAAUAGGAUACAACAAAUCAAUUAGGUAAAUAGGAAAGGGUUUCACAAUUUCAAGAGCUGGUCUCUACUAGGGGUAGCAUGACUUUUAAGGACUAAUCAUCUUUUCCAUAGUUAAAGCAAAAACUGUUUCAGAAUAUUGCUAAUUUAGGUUAUUUUAUUGCAGUAAAAAGUCAUUAACAGCACCAAAGAACACACCAAACUGCACUUCAAUUAACUACUACACACAGGCUAUGAAUUACCUUUCCAGCUUCAAUGCUUUUUUAGGCUACAGUUAAUGAC